AUGUGGGAGCCGGCGGAGUUCCAGCGGCACUGGCAGGCCGAGUUCCCCGGGGAGCCGGCGCCCCGCAUGCAGCUGGGCUCGGUGCGGGACAUGGAGCUGGAGCUGGAGCGCUGCCGGGGGAACCUGAGGCAGCUGCAGCAGGCGCUGGCCGAGGAGAAGUUCAAAGUCCUUUACCUGGAGACGGCUCUGGCCCGGGAGCCCCCGGCCCCCUCCCCGGACGGGCAGGCAGAGGAGCCGGUCCCCCUCCCGGACAUGCCCCCUGGCAAGAGGGGAGCCGCGGGGCGCGCGGUGCACAGCUUGGCCGCAGCCAUCCAGCACCAGCUGCAGCAGCACAAGCCAGCCCCGCGGGCCCGGAGGCAGGGCAGGCGGCAGCCCCCCAGGCGUGAGCACCCUGUAGGCCGGAGCACCCAGGAGGGGCCAGAUGGCCUGGCCACUGAGCAGGGCAGCGAUGCUCCAGCUGGGCACCCCCCUGGCCAGACCCAUGGCAGCGAGCCCCCCCCCCCCGUGCCCGUCCCCAGGGAGACCCAUGGCAGCGAGCCCCCCGUGCCCGUCCCCAGGGAGGCCCAUGGCAGCGAGCCCCCCGUGCCUGCUCCCAGGGAGGCCCAUGACAGUGAGACCCCCACUGAGCACCCCCACAGCAGCGAGUCCCUCAUCCCUGGGGAAGCCCAUGGUAGCGAGCCCCCCACUGGGCACCCCCAUGGCAGCGAUCCCCCUGUCCCCAUCCCUGCCCAGGCCCAUGGUAGCGAGCCCCCCACUGGGCACCCCCAUGGCAGUGAGCCCAUCUUUAGGGAGGUCCGUGGCCGGCAGCCCCAUGCCAAGAACACGCCUGGCCCCGGGGAGGGCAGCGUUGACCACGACUACGAGGAGGUGGACGUGAGUGAGAAGUUCCUCCUGAAUCCCGUCCUCUUAGGCUUCAGGAUCCUACCCCGGGGGUCCGGGGAGGAGCAGGACAGGCCCCACCGCUGGCUGCCCACCAUAGGGGGCAGGUGGCCCAAGCACAGCCGGGACCUGGACUCGCUGGAUGGGACGAAUGGGCGCAGCUCCCCCGUGCAGCACGAAGAGCAGCACCCGCUGCCCUGGAGACACAGGCGACACUUGGAUGUGCCUGGCAGGGACUCCUCCAGCUGCAGCUCCCCAGAGAGAGGCAGUGACUGCAGCUACAACAGCUCUGACCACGAGGACGGCUCCUCAGCAGACUUCAACUACGGGGCGGAGGACUACGACGCCGAGGGGAAUGAGGAGCCCAAAGUGCCGCCGGAGGGCUCGGAGACCAUGCCCUACAUUGACGAGUCGCCCACCAUGUCGCCGCAGCUCAGCACCCGCAGCCAGGAGAGCGGGGAUGGCGUCUCGCCCACGCCCACCGACGGCCUGGGCACUGGGGGCGAGCGGGAUGCCGGGAAGGGGCUGGAGAUGCGGAAGUUGGUGCUCUCGGGCUUCCUGGCCAGUGAGGAGAUCUACAUCAACCAGCUGGAGGCGCUGCUGCUGCCCAUGAAGCCGCUGAAGGCCACGGCCACCACCUCCCAGCCUGUCCUCACCAUCCAGCAGAUCGAGACCAUCUUCUACAAGAUCCAGGACAUCUACGAGAUCCACAAGGAGUUCUACGACAGCCUCUGCCCCAAGGUGCAGCAGUGGGACAGCAAGGUCACCCUGGGGCACCUCUUCCAGAAGCUGGCCAGCCAGCUGGGCGUGUAUAAAGCCUUCGUGGAUAACUACAAGGUCGCGCUGGAGACCGCGGAGAAAUGCAGUCAGAGCAACAACCAGUUCCAGAAGAUCUCGGAGGAGCUGAAAGUGAAGGGCCCCAAGGACUCCAAGGAGAACCACACCUCUGUCACCAUGGAAGCGCUGCUGUACAAGCCCAUCGACCGUGUGACACGGAGCACCCUGGUACUGCAUGACCUUCUCAAACACACGCCGGCCGACCACCCCGACUACCCGCUGCUGCAGGAUGCCCUCCGCAUCUCCCAGAACUUCCUGUCCAGCAUCAAUGAGGACAUCGACCCGCGGAGGACGGCAGUCACCACUCCGAAGGGGGAGACGCGGCAGCUGGUGAAGGAUGGCUUCCUGGUGGAGCUGUCUGAGGGCUCGCGGAAGCUGCGCCACGUCUUCCUCUUCACCGACGUCCUCCUCUGCGCCAAACUGAAGAAGACGGCGGUGGGGAAGCACCAGCAGUAUGACUGCAAGUGGUACGUGCCGCUGGCCGACCUGGUGUUCCCGGCCCCCGAGGAGUCGGAGCCCUGCCCGCAGGUGCACACCAUCCCGGACCACGAGCUGGAGGACAUGAAGAUGAAGAUCUCAGCCAUCAAGAGCGAGGUGCAGAAGGAGAAAGCCGGCAAGGGGCAGAGCCGAGCCAUCGAGCGCCUCAAGAAGAAGAUGUUUGAAAACGAGUUCUGGCUGCUCCUGAACUCCCCCACCAUCCCCUUCCGCAUCCACAACCGCAACGGGAAGAGCUACCUGUUCCUGCUCUCCUCGGACUACGAGCGGUCGGAGUGGAGGGAGGCCAUCCAGAAGCUGCAGAAGAAGGACCUCCAGGCCUUCGUGCUGAGCUCGGUGGAGCUGCAGGUGCUCACGGGGUCCUGCUUCAAACUGCGCACCGUCCACAACAUCCCCGUCACCAGCAACAAGGACGAUGACGAAUCCCCGGGACUCUACGGCUUCCUGCAUGUGAUUGUCCACUCUGCCAAGGGAUUCAAACAGUCUGCCAACCUCUACUGCACGCUGGAAGUGGACUCCUUCGGGUACUUUGUCAGCAAAGCAAAGACCAGGGUUUUCCGGGACACGACAGAGCCCCAGUGGAACGAGGAGUUCGAGAUCGAGCUGGAGGGCUCACAAUCGCUGCGCAUCCUGUGCUACGAGAAGUGCUACGACAAGACCAAGCUCAACAAGGACAACAACGAGAUUGUGGAUAAGAUCAUGGGCAAGGGGCAGGUCCAGCUGGACCCGCAGGCUGUGCCUACCAAGAACUGGCACAUGGACGUGAUUGAGAUGAAUGGGAUCAAGGUGGAGUUCUCCAUGAAGUUCACGAGCCGGGACAUGAGCCUGAAGAGGACCCCGUCCAAAAAGCAGACCGGCGUCUUCGGGGUGAAAAUCAGCGUUGUGACAAAGCGGGAGCGCUCCAAGGUGCCGUACAUCGUGCGGCAGUGCGUCGAGGAGGUGGAGAAGAGAGGCAUCGAGGAGGUCGGCAUCUACCGGAUCUCGGGGGUCGCCACGGACAUCCAGGCGCUGAAGGCAGCCUUCGAUGCAAAUAACAAGGACAUCCUGGUGAUGCUGAGCGACAUGGACAUCAACGCCAUCGCGGGCACCCUGAAGCUGUACUUCCGCGAGCUCCCCGAGCCCCUCCUCACAGACCGACUGUACCCUGCUUUCAUGGAGGGGAUAGCGCUCUCGGAUCCCGCCGCCAAGGAGAACUGCAUGAUGCACCUUCUCCGGUCGCUGCCCGACCCCAACCUCAUCACUUUCCUCUUCCUGCUGGAACACUUGAAAAGGGUUGCCGAAAAGGAGCCCAUCAACAAAAUGUCCCUUCACAACCUGGCCACGGUCUUUGGCCCAACACUGCUGAGACCCUCCGAGGUGGAGAGCAAAGGACACCUCACCUUGGCCUCUGACAUCUGGUCCCACGACGUUAUGGCACAGGUCCAGGUUCUCCUUUACUACCUGCAGCACCCUCCCAUCUCUUUCGCUGAGCUGAAACGCAACACACUCUACUUCUCCACAGACGUGUAGCCUGCGCUGAGAAGGCACCAGCCGCACACGAACCCAGCCUCCCGGAGCGUGGGGUACAGCACAGACUAGCCUCGCCCCUGCGGGGAGACGGGCACUUCCCCAGGACAGUGCCCUCCAGCCCUGGCCCUGGCCCUGCGCGCCCUCUGUCUAGUAGUCGUGUCUUACGUACCUUCGUGGUCAGGAAUUGUUUUAUGUAUAUUCGUUCGACAGAAGAGGUAGUGACUGACAAGGGCCGCGGGCUCCUCGCUUCGUUCAUUUCCUGCCAGGCUCCUUCGAAGGCCAUUGCAACUUUCCUUUCGCCCUCUCCAGCUUCAGCCAAACGUCCCCUCGGCUCACCCCGCUCGAAGCCUGCAGCAUUGCACCAGUGCCUGUUUGUUUUGCCUGGUCCCCUGUGCGUGCAUGUGCAGCGUUGGCUGGCCUCUCUUGCUUCAGAGGCUGAGAAGGGACCAAGGGCUCCCCCUUUCUACCCAUCAAGACAACAAGCUCCACUUUGCCUUGCUGGCCGUGUGAAUGGAGGACUCUGCAUCUGGACUCUGCUCCCUCUUGGAGCAAACCUUUGGCCACAAGAGUGUGUGGGGGGAGGAAGGGAGCUUUUUAACGUCCGUUCCAGGUGCUUUAUGACUUCAUCCUCUAGGGCCCGUGGCCUGUGCUUUCUGCCUGUUUGUUGUGUACUCUGUGGUUAUCCCCCUGCUGUUCUCCUCCCGCUGUGUAGUGUUGGGGGUAACCUGCUCUCUAGGAGGGGGUGGAGGUGCCUUUGGCAGGCUAGUGUGGAAAGAAGAAAGGGCUGUCCCAUUAUGCUACCACUAUUACCCCGCCUCCAUCUGGGUGUGCAAACUGACUAGCCUCUAGCCCCCGGCUGUGUCUCCGGGGACGUUCGGGGUACGGCUGAGGUUACGUCAGGAGCUCCCCGAAGCACACCUGCUGGAGUGAUCCGCUGGGAGAACGCCCUCAGUACUGCAGCGCGAGGGAGUGACUGUCCCGAAAGUCUCACAUCCCUCGUCAAUGCAAUGCCUUAGCACCCGUUCCUCUCCGGCAGUCGGCUAAUGGAGACUGGGCAGCAGCACAGUGUAACAGGGCACUUGGGUUCCUUCCCCAGCAUUAACCAGGGGGGCCUCUUCCCGCCGGGAGCUGCACGGGGCAGCCUCUCCGCUGCGCUACCCUUCUGAGAACCAGGCGCAGGGGAGGGAGGGAGCCAGGCUCUGCUUUGGUGCCACCCAGCCACACGCAGGCCGGCCCCUUGUAAACACCGCAGGAGGCUGCAGGACAACAGCUGCUUUUUGUUCCUUCCUGCACCAAGGUAAACCGCUUCUGAGCUGAAAGUGAACUCAAAGGGCAGAGCCUCAUGGAGACAGGGCUGGAAGAGGAAAGCCCCAUGUGCUUGGAACAGGAGCUGGAUUCUCCCCAUGUGGCCCUCCCUCGUUCCACCAGCCUGACAUGGUGGAAGCUAAAGCACAUCCAUUGAUCCAUUCAACCGGCUGGGACAGCUGCCCCCCAGCUGGUUCCCUCCAGCCCUUGUGGCAAGGCAGUGUUGGCUCCACCUGCUGGCUGGGACGUGCCCCACAGACAAACACUUGUAUCUUGUGUUCGCUCUUCUGUGGGCUCCUGCUCUCAUAACUUGAGAGCACCCCAACCUGCCCCCAUGCCCGGAGCCCACAGACAGGUGCUGGGACCUGCCAAGGAAACUAACCCUGCCUGUUCUGACCACUGAGCCCCUGUUCUUGGGGGGGAAAGCCCCGCCCACUGCCCCCACACCCUCUGUGCCAAAUGCCGAUGGACAGCUGGUUUAUUUGGGGUGACCAAGCAUAUCCCUUGUAGCAGUAGCGCUGCCUUUAACUGCUGUUCCACGUGCUGAAAGCACCAGGCAUGUCCUAAAGACCAGCUUCAGGGGGGCUGAACGCAGCUGCUAGCCCCACAGCACUGAAGCAGCUAAAGGGAGAGGGAAGUCUGGCAAUGUCAGUCUAAAGGGCUUACACUCCAGCCCCCACUGCUGGCCUGCUGGCGGAGCAGAUGAGAAAUGGCGUUGGACACACUGACCAGGUGUCACACUUUGCCCUGGAUAAUGGGGCUGAGCGAAGAUCUAACUGCACAAUGGACCCCUGUGUGUUUUAUGUACCUACAUCUGUCAACUGUGGUGUCAUUCCAAAGGGAGACUAUGGCCCACCCCCACCCCACGCCAGGUCAAAGGGCUGGAGACCAGCCCCCUGCACAAACUGUGGCAAUCGCAUGGGCUGUGUUUUCAUUUUUCCUACAGCGGGGUGGGAGGUGUCGGACUCUUAUGGCUACAGGUAGAAUAGAACGGUUCAUUCAUAUUUGACUUUUACUAAGUUAAGAUCUAUUUUUUGUUUGUGUUCUGUUUCAACUUCUGUAGAUUAUAAACUUUCAAUGGAUGUAAACCAUGUGAAAAAAUGUUAAUAAAAUGCAAAGCCCUGACGUUUGCACAAAAAG